AUGAAUGGGCUGUGCAAUUUGUGCCUUUGCCAGGUUCGAGCAGCUCAGGAUGCCCAGCAUGUGGAAGUGGAGAGUAUUCCUCUGCCAGAUAUGCCGCAUGCUCCUUCCAACAUCUUGAUCCAGGACAUUCCACUUCCUGGGGCACAGCCACCCUCCAUUCUUAAGAAGACCUCAGCCUAUGGACCUCUAACUUGGGCAGUUUCUAUACUUCCUCUUCUUGGACAUGGCAUUCCACGUUUGCCCCCUGGCAGGAAACCUCCAGGUCUUCCCCUGGUCCCACCUCCUCCUCAAGUCUUACAAAUGUAUGGCCGCAAAGUGGGCUUUGCCUUAGAUCUUCCCACUCGUAGGCGAGAUGAAGACAUGUUAUAUAGUCCUGAACUUCCUCAGCGGGGUCAUGACGAUGAUGUUUCUAGCACCAGUAAAGAUGAUGGCUGUCCUGAAGACAUGGACCAGGAUAAGCAUGAUGACAGUACUGAUGACAGUGACAGUGACAGAUUCAAUGGAGAAAGUGAAGGGGAUGAAUUUGUACACCGUGAUGACACUGAGAGAGAAAACAAUGACGAAAAAAAUCAGGUCUGA